GCUUCCUUCCGUUCCCUUCGGCACCAUGGACGAACAGAGGGAAACUCUGCAAAGGAUUGUCUCUACCCUAGCAAACAAGAAUGAUGAAAUUCACAACUUUAUUGACAUCCUGAACUACACAAUAAAGAAUGUUCAGGUGAACUCUUCUAGUGCAAUCAGUGAGUUGGAUGAAGAAUUUGAUCGUCUGUAUUCUGUAUUGUAUGAGAUGAGCGGGACUAUGGCCAACACUAUUCGGCAAGAGGCCGCUCAUAAAAUUCAGGCUCUACAGGAUCAGCUUAGCCAAUGUCGUAAUGCCCUAGAGAGUUCUGAAGAGCUGCUGGAACUUGCAACUCAGUCACUGGACAUAAAGGACCCUGUGGAGUUCUUAAAGGCUGGCAGAGAGAUCAAAGAUAGAGUCACUGUGGCUUCAGCGUUCCGCCUGUCUCUGAAACCAGAGGUCAGUGAUAGUAUGACUCACUUGAUGGUGGACUUCUCUAUGGAAAGGCACAUGCUCCAGGCUAUGAAAUUUUUGCCAGUCCCUAGAGCUCCAGAGAUAGAUACAGCAGCCUGUGUGGUUGCUGAUAAUUGCAUAACAGUAUCAUGGAGAAUGCCUGAAGAAGACAGCAGAAUUGAUCAUUUUGUACUGGAGUAUAGGAAAACCAACUUUGGAGGCCUUCCUCGAGUAAAAGAUGAACAGCACUGGGAAGUGAUUGACAGUAUUAAAGCUACCGAAUAUACAAUAUCAGGUCUGAAAUUUGAUAAGAAAUAUGUGAAUGCUAGAGUAAAAGCUUGCAACAAAGCCGUGGCAGGGGAAUACUCUGAUCCUGUGACUCUGGAAACCAAAGCAUUUGUGUUCAGUUUGGACAGUACCUCAUCUCAUCUAAACUUGAAAGUUGAAGACACCUAUGUUGAAUGGGACCCUACUGGAGGUAAAGGCCAAUUAAAAAUAAAAGGGAAGGAAAAUAAAAGCAGUGGCCAGAAUCUUCUGCUGAAGAGCAGUAGAAGAAGUGGUGCACUUUCUCCAAAGAGGACAUUUGUUGGACCCUCAGCGAGGGGCGGCAGAGACCGUUUUACUGGUGAAUCAUACACAGUGUUAGGAGACACCACUAUUGAAAGUGGACAGCACUACUGGGAGGUGAAAGCCCAAAAGGACUGCAAAUCAUACAGUGUGGGAGUAACCUAUAGAAACCUGGGGAAAUUUGAUCAGCUGGGAAAGACUAGUUCAAGCUGGUGCAUCCAUAUCAACAACUGGCUGCAAACUAUACUUUCAGCAAAACACAAUAACAAAACAAAGACUCUAGAUAUAUCUGUUCCAGACAGGGUAGGAGUAUACUGCGACUUUGAUGGAGGUCAGCUUUCAUUUUAUAAUGCAAACUCAAAGGAGCUGUUAUACACCUUCAGAACAAAGUUUACCCAGCCAUUAUUACCAGGCUUCAUGGUCAGUAUUCAUAAAAUUUUCUUCAGUUUCUGCAGUAAAUUAAGUUUACUGAAGACUUAAUUGUUUAUUUCUUUAUUUGUUUCUUGGGUUGUUUUGUUUAGGAGAAAACUGGGAGCACUGGUUUUGGCUAACUAGUAGGGGUUUUAAAUGUUUAACUGUUUUCUCUUUGAUUUCAUAUGGUGCUUAUAAUAGCACUCCAGUAGGAGAAAUCUGCACCUGGAUGUCUCAGCUAUAUACAUUAAAGUCAUUAAAUUUUUGUAGGGUAAAUUAACAGCACAUUCUAGUAGCUGAUGAGCCUGCUGUAAUAACCAAUCCAGACCAAUGCAGGUGGGAAUUCAAGAUGCUGUGAGCUGUCAGAAUAGGUGUCACGAGACAAAACACCACCAGAUGCUUCCCUGUUGAGAUACAAGACUCUUAGCUUUCAAGUCUUCAAAGGCUCAGUUGUUUCACUGCUCUGCAUAACUCUUUUGUGGCUCUAAGCUUAAUAGUGAAAACUUGCUGCAAUUCUGUGCAGGGAAAAAAAAAUGCAUAGCAGAAGCAUUAAUUCCUGUACUUAGGCUUGCCUUUAAUGAUUUCAGUAACUAAAUCUGGAGGCCUCAGUUGCGUUAUAAACUACCAUCAAGGGCAUCGUACUUUGGGUGCAGAGUAUAGGUCUAGAAAACUUAGGAAUCUGGAGGAAGCUAGCAUACUAGUUCAUACUAACAACUCAGCUGCCUAGGUACUGAUCUCUAGCUUCUUAUAAUUCAGGCAUAGAAAACACAGCAUGGUAAUUCUGAACUGUGAUUAGGCCAAUUAAUAAAGUUGUUUUUCUCUUGGGCGUGGAGGAGGAAUGGAAAAGUAGUAAUUUGCCCUAGCAGCCUUUAUAUAUAGCACUUCCAAACACCUGAUUUUUCCUUCUAUUGGACAGAAUAUUUCUCAGAAUUUCUACUGUUAGCUAGAUGUACUGACAAUAGGAUUUUAGACUUUUAAUAGCUAGCUAUUUGGAGAUGACUAAGCAAGUUACUUUACUGGUCCCUUCCAACAUAUGGGGAACUUAAUAGCUUCAGAACUGUUGGGAUACAAGUAUUAGUCAUCCUUUAGCAUUGUGAAGACUGACUCUUUGAGUCAGUUCCUAAAGCAUCCAAGGAAACACUUGCUUACCACACAUCAGCCUAUUAGUCUGCAUCUCAUAUAGCCCCUCAUACUUAGUUAUAGCAGUCUUGCAGACAUUACUUGGGUUAGCCUGAACAGUUAAAAUAGAAACAAAGAAGCUAAUUACAGUUCUCAAAUUCAUUCAUAAACAUGGAGAUACAUUCUUUCAUGUAACUUAGGUGUAGAAUAAAGGUCACUGGCACCUGUGCUGCUGAAGCUUCUCAUAAUUCAAUGUAAACAUAGUACACAAAUUGGCAUAAUCCUGCUGUGUCAUACUAAAACUAAGCACUGCUUUCAAACACUGGAGCAUAAGAGUAUUGUGUUUCAUUGUCAUUCUAACUACUUGCUGGUAGCAUGCUGGUCUUCAAAGAAGUUUUCUUAUUGGGAAAACUUUUUGUGUUAUAACUUAGACUUUGUUGCUCUAAGUUCAUAAUGCAGUAUAGCAUGUGAAGCAUCUUUAUCAUCUUAAAUUUAUCAUCUUAAAAGUUAGCUUCUCUUAUGUCAGAAUGUUUUACAGAGCGCUGUGACUAGUGAACAAGAGAAGACAGAUGCAGCUGCAGGAUAAGUUUUGUGGUAGUUCCAUUGUGCGAUGUGAGACGAGAGAUAUAGAUGUUUCAUAAUAUUCAGAAUAUUGAUCUUUUUAUCUUUUUUUCUUCUCCUUAGACCUGGUGUGGUGGGCUUACAGUGAGUACUGGAUUGCAGGUGCCAAGUGCUAUUAGCAUGGUCCAGAAAAGUGAAAAUAGAUUGAGUGGUUCAACAAACAGUCUAAACAAUAUUGCCUACUAAUGUCUGAUAAACACUUCUCUUGCUGAAUGUUUUUGUUUUUUUUUUCCUGUGUAGCUGGUACUCACAGAAGCUUGUGAGCACUGGAUUACACUGGGUUUGCUACCUACUGUUGUUUAAGGCCUGGGUACUGAUAGUGCAAAGGUUUGGGGCUAUAGUGUUAAUAAAACCUACUGUGAAUUAAGAGAAAUGUCAGAAAACUGAAAUGUUGCCCUUUUGAAAACAAUAAGUGAGAAAUCAAAAGCUGUAA